AUGUGCUCAGCAGGCGGUAUCAGAAGACCAAUUCAAAUUGAAGAGUUCAAGACGGCGAUUAGCGGUAUGUCCGACAUGGAAUUGGGACAGAUUAAGACGGAAAUCGAGAACAGUAUCAAUCAUUUGCAGAGGUCUAACGCCCGCUUGGGUAAGUAUAUUUCCAAGUUGGAGGGUGACGAAGAUCGCCUGGAGGGCGACGACAGCGACGACUUGGAGAACAUUGAUUCAGGUGACUUGGCGCUGUACAAGGACUCCGUCAGAGAGAACGAAAUUGUGCUUAACAACUAUAACGAGAGAGUGGACGCGUUGGAGCAAGAAACAGUGUACAGAAAGACUGGCCAUGCCAAGAGCAAACACGAGGCAGAGGCAAAGGACAGCACUAAGAAGGGUUCUGACGUCGAUAUGGAUAAUACAAACGUGGACGUGGUAACUCCAAACAGCAUAUUCAUCUGA